UCGCGUGCAAGUCGCCUGCUGCCUCCAAAACAUCGUCUGCCUGCAUCCGAUCGUCGCUCUCCCUUCUCCGCUCCGAAGGAGUCCGCAAGCACGUGCUCCUGCUGUCUGUCAGUCGUCCACCCCUCAUGGAGAUCGUGCACAAGCAGGUGGGCACUUUGCUGUCCCAUUGUUUGAAGCAACAGAAAGUGCGUGUGAGAAUUCUUUUGUGAAAACAAUUUUGUGAUCGAACUGAGGGGGAAAUAAAAUGAAAUAUCGUUUAGCGUGUUAAAUAUGGAUUCUGAAGGAGUAACCGCGGUUUUGAAGUUUGCACUGUACACGCGAACUUAUGAGGUCUAAGGUGGAUUUUAUUUUAUUUAUUUAUAUAAAUUGAUUAAUAUGUUGGCGGAAAUGUAAAGUGCAAUAUUUUUGUGACGCCAGCUUUUGCUUAUAAAAAACACCUGGGACAAUUACUUAACAGAAAAAGUGUUGAUUUUUAAAGCAAAAUUAACUAUUUGCUAGUCUACUAAAGAACCAUAGGGUCAUCAGUUUUUUCAGUGUUUUUCGAUAUCAAUCUAUUCUUUGUAUAUUUAUUAAUGUGGUGCAUAUUUUGAUAGGAACCUAAGAAGAUUUGAAUGCGAAAACGUCGACAGUUUUUAUCAAAGUAAAUUUGAAAAUAUAGAACUGUGAUUUUAUAAUUAUCAUUUCUGAAUUGCAAAGAAGUUUGAUGAAAUUUCCUAAGACAGUUGAUGCUUAUUUCUGCAGGUCAGAAUAAAAAAUUAGAAGCGUUUUGAUCAAGGUAGUUGACAGUUUUGUAUGAAGAACGGAGCUUUAAAAUCUUGUCAUUUCAAAUUAUAUUUGUACUUUUUUAAAUAUCUUUUUGAAACUUAUCAGCUAGUCAGUAAUAAUUAAGUUAUUUUAUAUCCAUUCAUGGUGGAUUAAUUUUAAUUUAUAGAGCUUAAAUUCUUUUAAAUAAAAUAUUUGAUAAAAAUAAAUCAUUAUAAUUUGACAUUUAAAUAUAAAACAUUCUAUUAUUAUAUUUCUGCACUAGAAGAAUUAACAUUCUUUUAUUAUUAAUAUUAUAAAGAACUUCAAUCAAUACUACAUCUGUACUUCAUAGAUAUUAGUCAUAACAAUAAUCGGUCACUUUAAGAAAAUUAAUUUUCUUCAUAGAAAGGGGUUUUGUGCAAUAAAAAUAAGACUUCCUUCAUCUGGUGAUGUCAAUUUUUUAUAUAAUAAUUUCUCAUAUGAACUUUUCCAAAUAACUUGAUUCAACUCUCUAUUACUCUUAAAAUUUGCGUAUCGGUGUUUUAUAUCUUGUAAAAUCUAUAUUUAUCCAAAAACUUUACUACAUUUAAUAUAUACUCAUUAAUGAUAUAAAUGUGAAUGGAUUUUUCUGAACUUCUCCAAUUAAAAGCAUAACAAAGUACUAAAUAACAUUCAUAUACUUAUCGCCGUUACAAAAAAUGUGGCAUUCUUCGGUAUAUUAAAAAAAAAAAAAAAUCUCAAGACCAAAAUGAAUCUGAAAACUGUCACUUUUCUGACUCCAUGACUAUCUGCAACUAUGACUGACUAUGACUAUGGUAACACUGUGAGAAUAUGAACCACAUCACUUGAAAUUACAAGACAACUGGACAUGAGUGACGUGAUUGUGCCCAUUGUUGCGGACCAGGACGAACUGUCGUCCGGUCCGGCUCCUGUGGUCACCGGUGGUGUAUUGCCGGACACCCCCAACGGUCCCCUCGGUGAAGGAAUAGAACUUAUGGAGAAAGACGGAAAAGAAGCAACGCCUGUGAGAAAAACACGUUCCGGGACUUCCAGCUCCGGAUCGUCCAUGAAACCCUCGUUGUCCAGCCGGCUGGACAAUUUAAAGAUCUCCACUAUCCGGCAGCACUAUUAUCCGGAAGGAGGCUGGGGCUGGGUGAUUUGUGCAUGUGCUUUUGUGAUCAAUAUGUUAACCAGUGGAUUAUUGUUGUCCUAUGGAAUUCUAUACAGGGAAGUGAUCAAAGAAUUCGGAGAAGAAUAUACAGAACAAGCGAUGUGGUUAGGAUCACUGAGUGUCAGUUUGGGUCUUUUCCUGUCACCGCUUAUCGUGGCCUUCUGUCGAAGAAAAAGUACGCGCUUGACCGCUGUCUUCGGUGGAUUGACCGCUGCCCUGGGAUGUCUCUUCACUUCCUUUGCUUCUCAGAUGCAUCAGGUGUUCCUAAGUUACGGCUUCGUCAUGGCACUGGGUCUGAGUUUGGCUCGAGUAACAUCGUCUCUCAUGAUUGGUCAGUAUUUCAAGAGAAGGCGGGAAAAAGUAGAAGCCAUCGUCACAUCGGGUACAGGUUGCGGAGUCAUCAUCUUCUCGUACAGUUUUGCAAAGAUCAUCAAAAUCUUGGGUUGGAGACUGGGUCUUCACGCUGUCACAGGGCUGGCGGUGAUUCCUUUCUUCGUGGGCAUCUGCUAUCGCUCUGCGUCCCUCUACCAUCCCCAGCGGCGUGCCAUUCUGCAUCUCAAGAACCAGCGCAAGAAGAUCAAGGACAAGUCCGGAGUGUCGGAUAAACCUCCUUUCUUCGACUGGGCGCCCCUCAAAAACGGAUCCAUCCUGGUUAGCAUGCUCUCAGCUGCGAUAUGUGCGUUUGGUCUCUACUCGCCAUUUUUCCACCUCAUACCACUCCUUUCAGCUGUUGGACUAGAAGAAGAUUUGAUAUUACUUCUCCAGUUCCAUCUGGGAAUCUCUUUCUCGAUCGGAAGUGGAAUCUUCGGCAUUCUGCUUGUGAAGAAGAACGCUGAGUGCAUCAUCGGUAGGCAGUACCUUUGCCAGACUGCCAUGGUCAUCAUGGGCCUCGGCCUCAUGUCCGUCAGCGCUGCACAAGGCUACUAUGGAUUCGUCCUGUUCGCAUGGAUGUACGGAAUCCCCUGUGGUGGUCUACACUACUCUUUGAAAAUGCUAGUGUUCGAAAAGAUUCGGGCGAAGAGUUUCAGCCGAGCUUGGGCCUAUGUGGAAUGGGCUCAGAGUAUUCCAGUAUUGAUUGGAAUUCCUGUUGCAGGUUACAUCAGCGAGAGUGCAGGCUCCAGAUCAGGAUUCUACUUCUCGGCUGCCUUCUCCUUCACCGGAGCAGCGGCCCUGUUCCUCAAUCGCCUCACCUCCCGCUCCCCAUUGGGCAGAAAAAGGGGCCAGGGAUCUUGCAGUACCUGCACUUCCCAAACAGCCUCCUGUUGCUGCACGCAGGAGUUCCAUCUCACCAGCCACCAAGGUUCUUCGGGUGGGCAUCCUAAGUGUCAGAAAACGAUCUCUUUUAGCGAUACAGUAGACAUAGCGGACGAGGAAAGUCCUCGAAGAUACCCCUACACCGGCAAACGAUUCGAGGGCCAAAACAACUUUCAGGAGCACCCCGAACCCCAGGACGAAGUUGGCAAUCACUGGGAGAACGAUCCCAACGAAUUCGAAGAAAACGUCGACUUUGACAUGAUCGACGACAAUGUUGUGAUAUGCUAUGACAACGGACGCCCCACGAACAAUAAGGUCGUCGUCGUAGAAGAUCACAAAAUCAUCAACCGGUAUGGUUGUGGUCACAUAGAAGAAGAAAUUGACCCUGGUGCUUUGCAGUUGGCUGUGCCCAAGAGGCAAAUGACCAUUAUUGAAGAAGUGACCAGCAGUGUAUGAAUGGAUGUUGUGUUGUAAUAAAAUAAA